AGGGGUAAAUUGUAAAAUCCUGUCAAGAAAAAAAAAGUUAGUUGAAUUUCCCACCUUUUUUGAAUUAACUGUCAAUACAAAGCGCUUCUCAAUUUGGAUUCAAGAAUCAAAAAAUCAAUUUUCUAUAUUAACAAUCUCUUCUCAACCCCAUUAAAUUCUCAUUUUCCAUUAGCUCUGUUCUUGUUACAUUCGCAAUUAGUUUAAGUCUUUUUUCCAUUGAUAAUUCCUCUUCCGCUUUGUUCUUAGUUGAAGAAGUAAAUUGAUACAAUGCAAGAAGAUUCUGUAUAUGAUCCACUAGUUUUCGGUCUUCGUAGUUACAUCUAUUGCAGUAAUUGUGAAGUUCGAAUUGCUCGUGUCCAGUAUUACAUUCCUAAUGUGCAGGACUUAGAUUAUGGAGGCUACUUUAAGAGAGUGUUUAAUGUUGUUAUACUAGACCAACCGAAAUUUCAUCAACAAGAAGAUGGAAAUACCCUAACCACACUCAAUAUUUACUGUACCCAAUGUGAUAUGCUGCUCGGAUGGAGACUAAGGGAAGCCACCCUACCGUCCAACUAUUUCAUAAGAGGAAGAUUCUUUAUGAGAUUGGACAUGCUCAUGUACAAGAGUCGUGUAACGUUGCAUGAUUCUCUCUUUGGAGGUGCAAAUCGACAGGAUCAUGUUCAAGACGCAGGGGCUAAUGCUGAUCAAGAAGCAGGUGCUGAUGAGAGAAAUGCUGAUCAAGAUAGAGAUGCAAAGAACAGAAUCAUGAUCAAGAUGAAACCGCUAAUGAACAAGGUCUUAAUGAACAAUGAUCAAGAUGGAUCGCGGCCAAUGAAACGAAUGAAGAUGUAGUAGAUCAACAGGCUGACGGAAAUGCUGACAUUGAUAGCCUACUCAUGCUGAUCAAAAUGCAGAAAGAUACACAUUGCACUUCACAAAAUGCUAAUUUCAUAUUUGUAUGAUAUUCUUUUUUCUCUUUCUGAUUUUGGAAUUACAGUACAGAUUAUUAUUUCAGGCUGGAACAAAGCAAUUGACACUGCACUUUUUACAUGUUUGAGCUCUAUAUGCUGCUUUGUUUUUCUGUUAAUUUUUGGAAGCAAGUCAACUGUCAGAGAUGUAUUUCCUGAACUGCAAAUGCUAUGCAAUCAUAUUUUUCUCGAA